AUGCCAGGGCACAGAUCGAAGACGGCGAAAAAAGAAGGUGAGAAGCAGUUGCGAAGAGACCCUUAUGAGGUUUUGGGGGUUAACAUUAAUUCUACGGAUCAGGAAAUCAAGAGUGCCUAUCGGAAAAUGGCUCUAAAGUACCAUCCGGACAAGAAUGCAAAUGACCCUAAAGCAGCAGAUAUAUUCAAGGAGGUCACAUUCUCUUAUAAUAUUUUGUCUGAUCCAGAUAAAAGGCAUCAAUAUGACACAGCUGGUUUUGAGGCUGUUGAAUCGGAAAGCCAGGAACUGGAACUGGAUCUUUCAAGCCUUGGUGCUGUCAAUACUAUGUUUGCUGCACUUUUUAGUAAACUUGGUGUUCCCAUCAAAACUACGGUAUCAGCCACUGUGUUGGAGGAAGCAUUGAAUGGCGUGGUAACCAUUCGUCCACUUCUACUUGGGCAACCUUUGUGUAGGAAGGUUGACAAGCAAACUGCUCAUUUUUAUUCUGUUACCAUAACAGAAGAGGAAGCACAGGGGGGAUUUGUUUGCCGAGUUUAUUCGCCAGAGAAGAGCAAGUUAAAGCUAUUGUAUUUCGAUCAGGAAGAUAAUGGUGGAUUAAGCCUUGUUCUACAGGAGGAUAGUGCAAAAAGGGGAAAGGUUACAUCCGCUGGGAUGUAUUUUCUUGGAUUCCCUGUUUACCGAAUGGUCCAAACACAUAAUUCAAUGGCAGCAGCAAAGGAUCCGGAUGCAGCUUUCUUCAAGAAGCUGGAUGGAUUUCAGCCAUGUGAAAUAAAUGAACUAAAGUCCGGCACCCAUUAUUUUGCUGUUUAUGGUGAUAAUUUUUUCAAAAGCGCAAGCUACACCAUUGAAGCUCUCUGUGCUGCACCUUUCAUUGAAGAAAAAGAGAACCUUAGAAAUGUGGAAACCCAAAUUUUGUCAAAAAGGGUGGAACUCUCUAAGUUUGAAACCGAAUAUAAGGAGGUUCUAGGUCAAUUUACUGAAAUGACGAGUAGAUACACACAAGAAAUGCAAGCUAUUGACGAGCUUCUUAAACGGAGAAAUGAAAUACACGCUGCCUACACUGUCACUCCACAAAUAAAACGUAGUGGUAGUAGCCGAAGCAAGAACAAGGGCACAUUCAAGGAAAGUGAUGAGGGGGAAGUAAGUAAAAGAACACCUUCUAGGGACCGGUCAAGGAAGAAAAGAUGGUACAAUCUUCACUCAAAGGUGGACAAAAGGAAGCCUUGCUGA